AAAUCAUUAAAAGUAUGGGGAAACCUGUUCAAAGAAAGCCACAAAAACAACAACCUACAAAGGCUGAAGCACCACAAACUUCUACCCAACCCCAAGAGUUGAAUCCCAAGACAACUCAUUAUGAAUUUGGAGGUCCUGUUGGUGCUUUUGGUAUGGUCACUAUUCUUCCUCUACUCGUCCUCUUCUUUGCUACAUGCUGCGACAAGACCGGCUAUCCUUCCAAGGCAUUCAUGGAAGAUCCUAAAUCAACCAUUUUAUCCAAAUUGAGCUUAGAAUAUUUGUUUUCUCUCUAUGAUCGCUCAGCUUUCAUUGUCUAUUUCGCUUUCGUUGCUAUGCUCGCAGCAUUCUAUGUUGCUUUACCCGGUGAUUAUAUUCCUGGUACAUUACUUCGAGAUGGUACAAGGCUCAAGUACAGAAUGAAUGGAUUCAGCUCUUUCCACGCAACCUUUUUUGUUGCCCUUUACUUUUUAAAGGAUACAGGCUUAAAACCCCUUGAAUAUGUGUAUGAUCAUUACAUUGGUUUGGCAUUUGCUUCUAUUAUCUUUAGUUAUGUUAUUUCUCUUGGUGUUUAUAUUGGUAGCUUUGGCCCUGGCAAGUUAUUAGCUUUGGGAGGAAACACUGGUAAUCCCAUCUAUGACUUUAUGAUCGGCAGAGAAUUGAAUCCUCGAGUUGAGAACUUUGAUGUCAAAUUUUUUACUGAAUUACGUCCUGGUCUCAUUGGCUGGAUCACAAUCAAUUACUGCUUAGCCGCCAAACAAUACAAUGAUCUUGGCUAUAUCACUAAUGCCAUGCUUCUUACUCAAUUCUUCCAAACUUGGUAUGUUGUUGAUUCUCUUUGGAAUGAAGAAGCUGUCUUGACUACAAUGGAUAUUACUACAGAUGGUUUUGGCUUUAUGCUUGCUUUUGGACUUUAUACCUGGGUUCCAUUUACUUAUACUCUUCAAGCUCGUUAUUUGGUUGAUUUUCCUCGUAGUAUUAGUUUGUUUGAAUUUAGUGCAAUUCUCGCUCUCAAUCUUGUUGGUUAUUAUAUCUUUAGAAGUGCUAACUCUCAAAAGAAUGAAUUCCGUGCUUUCCCAGACAGUCCACGAUCCAAGAAGCUCAAAUACAUUCAAACCAAGACUGGUAGCAAGUUGAUUACUUCUGGAUGGUGGGGCAUGUCUCGCCACAUCAACUACCUAGGUGACUGGCUUAUGAGUUUAUCCUACAGUUUACCUUGUGGAUUUGGCUCUGUCAUUCCUUACUUUUAUCCUAUAUACUUUGGUAUUUUGUUGUUGCACCGUGAAAGAAGAGACGAUGAUAAAUGCAGAAACAAGUACGGCGAAGAUUGGGAAAAAUACUGCAAAAUCGUCAAAUCUAGAAUUAUUCCUGGUAUCUACUAAAUAGCAAUUUUAAUAUCUAAUAAAAACAAAUGUCAACUUAUUAAAACCAUUUUUUAAAAUAAAGAAUAGCCCCCUUUCACUCC